CAACCACGUCAUUCCAAAUAAAAACCACAACAAAAUUUUACAAAAUCAUUGGGAAACAGGUUUAUUUUUUGUAUUUACUUCCAAAAAACAAACAAAAAUUAUUAGAAAAUUGUUCUAAAUUAAUAUUAAACGCCAUUUCAAUAUGGUGUACAUAGAUCGAAAUGGUCGUGUUUUAGAAAAACGGCCUUGGGACUUAAACCGUAUAAAGGAAAUAUUUACGGCUUUAUGGGUUGUAGUGCUGCACUUCUUCACAACACUGUUUGCCCCUUUCAAAACGGAGAAGCGAGCUGGUAAUAAUGGCAGCGGCGGAAGUUGGGGUUCUGGUGGUGGUGGAGGAGGAGGAGGCAGCGGUGGCGGAAGCUCUGGUGGCAAUGGAGGGCUACGUCCCAAUCGCCGUAUAGGACGUAUAGCAAAUUCAAUGGAUUGUAAUAUCCCUGGUGGAGGUGGAUGAUCAAGGUAAAGUGUCCAAGCUCUAGCUUAAAGCAAUGAUUCAAUUAUAAUACUAAAUAAGAUCAUAAGUACGAAUAACAUUGCUUGCUUGGACACAGCAGAUCCCGCCUCUCAGGCUUAGUCAAUCUCUUUCUAUUCAUAACAACAACUUUGAAUGACAAUUUUUAUAUCCGGAGAAUUGUGACUCUUUCUGGCAUUUAUUGCCUUUAUGACGUUGCACUUGUAAACUCUAUACUGAGGGAAGUGUUUCUGAAUCUUUUUAAGAGUUACUAUAUUCCUAUAAAUUUUGUGAGAUUGAUUUUAUAGUUUAAUUUUAUAUUUUAAAUACCUACAAUUAAUAUUUCUUUUUCGCCAUUUACUAAAUGAAUGUAAAAUAUUUUUUAAACAUUUUUCUUUCGAAUUAUAUUAUUGACAUUAUUUUUUGGGUUUAUAAUAAAGAUUUUGGUAUUAAAUUGCAAAAUAAAAA